GAGGGGGACGGCGGCGCGGGAGGACCCCACGUGGAGGGCCUUCGCGGGCCGGUGAUGCCCGGCGCUGGCUGGCGCUGCAGACUGCCCCGGGGCGGCGAGAUUCAAAGGCUCGGGUUGCGAACGUGACGCGGGUGUUGCUCGGAAGGCACUCCCAGGCGGAGUCCAGCUGUGAUGCACAUCUGUUCCCAAGAGAAGGCGUCAGUUUUUCGUAGGCACUUUGCAAAACCAGUUGGUUUGAAAAAAAAAAGGAAAGGAAUGGCACGUGCAGAUGAUUCUCAAGGCCAGGAUUUCCUCAAGAAGAGGAAGAAGAAGAGAAAACACAAGGAAUGCAACAGCCAGCGUGGGAAUGAGGGGAGUGGGGGGGACCCGGAGCUCGGCCGAGCUUCCCCUCCGCUGUUCGAAAACGCGGCAGCGCAGGGUGAGGAGGGCAGCAAGAAGAAGAAAAAACAAGCCCCAGACAAGGGGAAGAAGGAGCAGCAGGCUUCCAUAGCUGAUUAUUGUGUGAGAAUGGACCAGGAGAUUACCAAUGGAACGGGAGUGGAGGCUUCCCAGAAGAAGAGGAGGAAGCAGGAGUGCAGCGAGAGCACGGACGAGCAGAGCGAUGUCACCUGCGUGCUGGUGAACCAGGACAGCCCCGGGGACUGCCAGGACAGCACUAUGGAUUAUGUGUACAUCAAAAAACCCCUCAAGAAGAAGAAGAAGAGGAAAGCAAAGCUCCCUGAGGCGGGUGAGGAGCACGAGGAGCCUCCCUCCCAAAGAGGCAGCGAGAACAGCGGAGAGAAAGCCAAGAAGAAGAGGAAGAAGAGGAGAGGCAGCAGUGCCCAGGACGGGCAGGAGGACACGGAUGGAGCUGCUGACCAAUCAUCUCCAGGGCAAAACAGGCCAGCAGGGGACAAAGGGUCGCCUUUACCUGCCCAGGAGGGGCAGAGGCACAAGGGUGGUGACUCUGAUGCUGCUUCUGCCACCAGUGAGCUCUCAGUGGAGGAACCUGCUGGUUUUUCCACACCCAGUAAAGCACCUAAUCAAGCUCAGAAAACACCAGGACAUGCUAAAAAGACAAUUAAAAGCAGUGCUUUUGUCACGGAAGAAAGUUCUUCAGACUCAGAUGAGAUCAGGACCCCAGAACCCUCAGCAUCAAAUAAAAAGAAGAGCCAGAACAGCUCCUUUGCUGAGAUGGCAGCCUCUGAUGAGGUGAGUGUGGACGAUGAUGAAUACCUGGACUCUCUCACGUCUUCAUUCAUGGAUUUGGACACUGCCAGGCAAGAAUUGAAGGAGUUCAUUCCUCAUGUGGAGAAUCUCUCAGAUAGUUCCAUCAAGAAGAUGGUUGGAAGAGACCUGCCAAGGUUUAAAGAGUUUAAAAAACAAGGUGUUGCUGUCAAGUUUGGCAGAUUUACCCAGAAGGAAAACAAUCAAAUCCGGAAAAACGUUGAAGAGUUCUUAUCCAUCAGUGGGUUGGACAGUGCUGAGAAACUCCUGUUCACUUCCAGGUAUCCAGAAGAAAAAGCAACAAUCAAUCACCUCAAGGCAGAGCACGAGUUCUGUGCGAAAAUCUCUGAGGGCAUACCCCGACCCUGGAGGCUGAUAUAUUACAGAGCAAGGAAGAUGUUUGACUCUAAUAAUUAUAAAGGAAGGUACACUGACGAAGAAAAAGAACAGUUAAAGAAGUAUCAGGCUAUGCAUGGCAAUGACUGGAAGAAGAUUUCUGAGUUGAUGUCCCGUUCUAACCUCUCAGUUGCUAUGAAAUUCUCUGAAAUCAAGUCAGCUGUUAAUUAUGGUCCUUGGACAAAGGAAGAGAUCCAGAAGUUAAAGCAUGCAGUGAAGGAAGUGGUAAGGAAAAGAGUGGAACGUGGAAGUUCUCCUUCCUCAGUGGAACGGCCAGACUGGGAUCUCUGGGUUGACCGUGAGACACUGUGCCAGCAACUACCAUGGACUGAGAUUGAAACCAAAGUGGGGAGUCGAUUCUGGAGACAGUGUAAACAGAAAUGGAAUACAAUUCUGGUAAAGAAGAUGUCCAAAGGGCAGCAGUUCAAUACGUGGAUCAAGAGAUUACAGAACAGGAUCACUCUUAUUAAAAGGCUGUAUGAAAUGAAAGUGGAGGAUGCCAAUGAAGUAAACUGGGAAGAACUCUGUGAUGCUGUUGGAGAUGUCCCUUCAGCCUAUCUUCAAUCACAGUUUUAUAAGCUUAAAGUCUCCUUUGUCCCUUUUUGGCAAAACAAGACCUUUUCUGAAAUUAUCGAUUUUCUGUUUCAAUACAAGCUCCCAGAAUUAGAAGAAAAUUUAAGAAAAAAGCACCUGAGUUCUUAUGAUUUAUCAGCCAGUCAGGAGAAAAAGGCUUUCCGACUCAGUGACAUUUUUGACUCCGGUGAAGAGAGUGAUUAAAUGGGACUGUCCUAAAAGCAACUCCUAAUUUGCAUUUUUAACUGCAAAUGGAUCUGGGUGAGAGUGGGUGCAGCUCAACAACUGCAGGUACACAGGCUGUGGAGUGAUGGGAAAAGUCAAGAUGGGCACGUGUGAUUUUCUUCUUCCAUGUUGAAGACAGAGUUCAGUAGAGCUUUUGAGCUACUAUUUAUUACUUUCAAUUAGUUCUGGGUUUAGAAGCCUUCAUUGCUUUUUAAAUGUCUCAACGUGAUUUUUUUACUGAUUUGUUUUCUGUGAAAUUAAAAACUGCUGUUUUCCUUUGAUGAAUAAACCUGGUUUUCAGAACUGUAUUUUUUUAAAGUUAUUUAAAAUUCAUGUAAUUGGAAAAAGACUUUCAAUUUGGUUUUAAAUCUCUGUUAUAACCAUAUCUUAAGACAUCUCUGUUGAUGGAAACAGCACAACUUUUGAGUUUUUUUUUUUUUAACAGGUAUAUCUUGUUCUUAAAAGCACCUGAUUUUAUUUUUGAUGUAGAUUUACACUUUUCUCAACCCUCCCAGCGAGAAAGGAUAUUUGUCCAUUUCUGUUCAUAAAUUAUAAUGUCAUUUCAUGAGAAAACCAAAACAAUACAUUUGAAAUGUUCAUGUUUGGAAUAUAGAGACAAAACAGACAGUGUAAAUAUAUAUAUACAUGUGCAUACACAUACUUUUAUUGUGUCAAGGAGAAUUUCUACAUUUUAAUAAGAAAACUGAGCAAUAAGAUGGAGGUUUUACUCAUGGCUUUGUAUGAUAUUUGUAUCUCUCUGCCCAGAGUGAUUAUCUGUAAAUUGACUGCAAAAAACCCCUCAAACCCCAAAAUACCUUACUGUGUAAAAUGUUUGUAUGGCUUGUUUAUAUUUCCCAUAUGCUGUUUUUUUAGAAAGCAAUGCAAGAAGACUCAGGCUCUGCUUUUUGAGGGUCAUUUUGAUAAGUUCUUUAAUAACUGUUAUUGAAAAUCCAGAACUCUGAAUGCCUUGAAAUAAAGGCCUUGUUGGAGGGUCUGGAAUGUGAUUUGUAGCAAAGGAUUUUAAAGGAGAGCUUGCCAUAUUUAACUGUGUGUGGCUUUGGUCUCUCUCAAGAUAGAAAACAGUGGGAUUUUUGUGGGACAGGCACGAUCAGCCCCUGCUACGAGGGUAAGUUUGCCAGCCAAGACAUGAAGUGGGGCAGAGGAGAAGAAAACAUUCACCAGUCCUUCUCUUGCUUUAUGUGUUUGAAGGUUAAAAGCUGAAAAACGUGGACUUUUACAUCUAAAAAGUUUGUGUUUCUCAAGGAAUAUGGAGAUGCUCUGAAUUGUCUGCAGGCUGGAGCACAAACAGUUGCCUGGUUGUAGAGUAGAUCUCACAGAAAUAAACUUCUACCUCCAUAAUGAGAUUUAUUUUUAUUCUUUGCUUUAAAGGAAAACUGUUGUGGAUGAGUGGAAUGCACCUAACUCAAAAAAGAGAAGCAGCAAUAUGUCUUACUGAGGUAAAUUCAGUGGAAUUCAAAGUUUUAACAGUGGUUUAUCAAGAUUCAGAGAGUUUGAUGGCAAAGUUCACUUUAUUAAUUACUGCAUGGAAGAGACAUACAGAAGAAAAUUGAGUUAGAAUCAAGUUAGAAUGAUUCACAAAGAGUCUGGAGGCACAAAGGGUAAGAAAAACCCUCCUGUUGAGUCAUGAGGUUCAGAGUGGACCCCUUUGAGGGGGUCUCAGAGAGGAGUCUGGGUGCAGCUGGAUCCAGGCUUAGUCCCACCCAGGGUCAGCGAUUUAUAUCCAUAAAAUCUAUAAUUAAUACUGAGUAGCCCCAUGGAUUAAUGUUUCUUUAGUACUAAUCCUGUGGCUGUCACUCACUUAGCCAAUGAUCUCUCAGAGUAAGGGAUCUUGGGCAAGGAAUCCUAAACCUUGAGAGGUUUCCCUUCUCCAGGGGAGUCACCCACCCACCCUGCAUUCCAGCUGCACUUCACUCAUUAGGGGGAGAUAGCUGUCAGUUAGAGACAACAGAGCUGUCUUUGUUUUAGCUCUGCUAUCUCAUUCCCUGCUGUCAUUAUCUUGCAUGUUUGGGCUUCAAAACCACCUUCCAAAAUAUUUUUCUGAGGUACUUUCACUCCCUUGGCCUUGAGCCAGGAGCAUUCCAGCUCACAGGGUCACUGCAGGGCACGAGGCCUGUUGCUGCCUCACAGAAAUUCUUAAAAAAACCAAAAAAGACUCCCUGCUAGUUGUUAAAAGCAGUUUUUCUGCAAAAUGUUACUAAGUCAGGGCAGGAACUGUAAACUUGAAGCCAUCACUGCACUGGCUGCUUUGGGAAAACACCUGAGAAAAGAGUGUGUGUCCCUGGGACUGGAGUAAGGAAACUCCUUACCUGCAUCUCCCUGGGUGAAGUGGGUGUAAUCCAUUUGCAGGAGGAGAGCAGUUGUUGAUGGCUUCCCAGGUGCUGAAUAAUAGACACGAGGAGGCAGCUUUUCCCUUCGCCUCCCUCUUACCCAGGCCCAUGGGAACACAGACAAAGGAAGGCAGUUGUUUCACGUGGAUAUUUAAAUCUUAUUGCUAACAGCAAACUCUGCAGAGGUUUUUAAAAAAAAACACCAAACAGACUUCACAGAAGUCUGAGGGGAAAUAACACUGACAAAGCUUUGUGUAUCAGGCUGCAUUAUAAAUAAGAGCAUGACAGAUCCUUCAAGUGUAGAAAGCACUUGAAAAAGCACCUAAAAACUUGGGUGUUUCAAGCAGAUGUGUCUCUUCAAGCAUUUUCCUGACGUGCUCAUGGCCUGAGUGGUGUUACAGCAGAAAACUCAGCUGGGUGGUGUUAUCAAAGGCAGAGACAGAUGAGUUCCAAGGGUUGUGUUUGCAGCAGAGACACACUUCAAAGCUGAGGAGCGUUACGGUGGCAGCAGCUGCAGAUCAAACAGGGACUUGCCUUUUUUCACCCCCUGCACCUGUAAGGUCUUAAACAAGGAUCACACAAUCAUCACGGAAUAUGCUGAGUUGGGAGGGACCCACAAAGAUCAUCGAGUCUGAGAGAGAGCUGUUAAAUAUUGUACGCUGAAAAGCUGCUGAAUCCUGUAUAUUCCCCAUUAAGCCUGGACUUAUUAGUAUGGAUAAGUUGUUUCUUUUAAAGUUUUAAAUUUUAAGAUUUUAAUUAACACUUAAAUAGAAGAUAGUUAUUAAAGAACUAAUGCAGAAUUAUUUUAAGCUGAAGUCAUGUAUACUUCUAAUGUAAUAACCUUGCAUUUUUGGUUAACUUGCUGAGAAUUUUCUUACUUUUAUCUAGAUAAGGGACAUAGCUUUUGCAACUGGGGAAAAAACCCACAUAACUUUUGCAAGUUAAUAGGAUGUAUCUCUUCAAACGGACAAGGAACCAAUCAGCAUUUGACAUUCAAGGUUGGGAAGUAAUUCAUCCAAGACAAAAAAGCUACAUCAUACAAAGGAUUUUUAUGGACUAGAAACCAAAGACUUAUAUAGCAAGGAGGCAUAGAAAGGUGGGAUUUAACGUGAAUCUGUAAAGACCUUAGAAAAUAUAAGGUUUUUGCUUUUGUAAUUUCCUUUGGAGGCUAUUUAUGGAGGGCUAUCCCCAAUGCUUCUCCAGUGCUGUCAAUAAAAAGGGAUGCUGCUCAACACUGGUCAACUCCGGUGCUGAGUGAGUUUCUUUAAAUCCAACCAAGAAUCACAGAUUAUGCUGAGUUGGAAGGGACCCACAAGGAUCAUCGAGUCCAAGUCCUGGCCCUGCACGGGACCAUCCCCAGGGAGUUCAUGGAAGGAGGGUGAUCCCUGUUUGCUGUCUCAGAGCCCCCCAGGCUGUGGGGUGGUGUCACCCCUGUGACCCGGAGGGUCAGGGACACUCCUCGAGCUCAGUGGCUUCAUCCCCCAGCCCCAGGAGCAGCCAGGCCUGAGCAGGGACCAGCCCUUUUCCUUCCCCAUGUGGGAUGCGCACCAAGAGGCACCAGGGGCAUCCACGAGCGGCUUCCACCGCACCAGGAACCCCCGCGCCCCCGGGGGCAUCACUUUGUUGCAGUUUGGUCAAGGCUUGUCUGGAGCAUAGGCCUGAAAAGGCCCCUGCCAGAAACAAGUCAGGGCUUGUCAGAGCUAAGUUGGGACUGCUUAGACAUUAAGGCUGUGCUGACCAAAAAGAAACAAUAAGUCAAGCAGAACCGAGACAAGAAAAAUUUGCAACUAGAGAUAGGAUGUAAUCUGGUGGUGGGAUUUAAUUACACGAUGUUUACAGUUAGGUAAAUGGAUUAACAGUCAGGUAAAUGGAUUAAUAUUUGAAUAUAAUCAAAGUGAUAUGUAAGUUUAUGUUUAACUGCUAUGUCUCCUGUGAAAUGUAAAACCAAUCAUGUAACCUUGCUUGGAAAAUAGUAUAAAAGAUGCGUUCAAAAUGUGGGUCUUUGGGUACCUGUCUUGGGACAGGAGUCCACAGGGACCCCGGGCCCUGAAUAAAGCACCGCAUAAACUGACA